AUGUUUGAUAGAUGCUUGUAUUCAUCAGAUUAUAAGAGACUUAUAGGUGUUUUUCCAUUUGUAAAAGUGACCACUUUGCAUGAUUCAUUAGAAGAAAUUGGUGAAUUUUCAUUCUACAAAUCUUCUAUUAAAUCAGUAAUUAUCCCUUCUUCUGUCAAAAGAAUAAAAAGAUAUGCAUUCUUUAAAUCAAAUAUUGAAAAUGUUGCAUUUCCUGAAGAUUCAAUGCUUGAAAUUAUUGAGGAAUAUUCUUUUAGCUAUUGUCUUGAAUUAUUCGAAUUAAAUCUUUCUUUGUUACAGAAUCUGGAAGCAAUUCAGCCAUAUGCAUUUUAUGCAACUUUAUUGAGAAAAUUUGCAUUCCCAGAAAAUGAUGUUUUCACUGAAAUCAAUCCUUCAUUCCAAGGAUUUGUUUCAAUUGAAAUUCCUUCGCAGAUUCAAUUCAUUUAUGAUAAUGCUUUUCCAGUCGGAUAUUCUUCUUCUUCCUCUUCAUAUUACUAUUCUGUUCUUUCAGAAGUAAAAUUUAAAGGAAAUAGUGAAUUAAUUUACAUUGGAAAAUAUUCAUUUACAAGUUUUAUUUCUGAAAUAGAAAUUCCAAAUAGUACUCUAAAAAUUGAUGACUAUGCAUUUUGCAAUUGCCCUUGCUUGCAAUACGUUAUUAUUCCAGAAGAUAGUAGUCUAACAUAUAUUGGAUAUCAAGCAUUUGGAGGAUGUAAUUUAAAGGAAAUUUUCAUUCCAAAAUAUUUGAAUAAUAUUAGUUUUGGUGCCUUUGGUUUUAAACAUACUCUAAAUAUCAAGAUUUCUCCUUUAAACAAAUAUUUUUAUGCAGAUGAUAAUUAUUUAUAUUCAAAUCGAAACCAAACUAUUAUUCAAUGUUUGAAAAUUGAAAUGAAUUCCACAAUUCCAUUAUACGUAAAAGAACUAGGUUCGGAGUUAUUCAAAAAUUCAAUUCUUGAGGAAAUAUUUAUUCCAAAAAAUAUCACUGUUAUUCAUAAUAGUACAUUUCAAUAUUCCUCUUUAAAGAUUGUGAAAUUUGAAGAAGGAAGUCAACUUCAGGAAAUACCAUCAAUGACAUUUGCAUACACAAAGAUAUCUAAUUUUUUUGUUCCAAAAUUUGUUUCAAAAAUUGGAGAUAGAGCAUUUUAUUAUUCUUCUAUUGAAAAUAUAUCAUUUGAAAACGGAUCACAACUAUUAGAAAUAUCAGAUAGUGCUUUUGAAUAUUGUAAAAUUACAAACAUUUUACUACCUUCAGCUCUAAAUUAUAUUGGAAAUAAUGCAUUCUAUCAAUGUAACACACUAUCAAAUAUCAAUUUUUGUGAAAGAAGUCAAUUAAGAGUGAUCGGGAAUAAUUCAUUUGCAUAUAACAAUAUAAGUUCUAUUUUAAUUCCAUCUUCAGUUCAAGUUAUUAACGAUAGUGCGUUUUAUCAAUGCAAUUUUUGGUUAGUAUUACAUUUGAGGAUAAUAGCCACUUAG